UUUGGGGCAAAAACAAAUAAAACACAGUCAGUGUCAGUAAUGGAGGGAGAUUCUGUGCUUCUACCCACUAAUGUAAGUCAAAUACUUGAAAAUGACAGCAUAGUGUGGACAUUUGGAGCCGAAAACUCUGUGAUAGCUAAACUUAAAAGAAAGAAACAAAUGUUGGAUUUUCCUGAUGGGAGAUUCAGAGACAGACUGAAGCUGAACACUCAAACUGGAUCUCUGACCAUCACAAACACCAGAACUGAACACGCUGGACUAUAUAAACUAGAGAUAAGGCUAGAAAAAGUGAUAUUUAAGACAUUCAAUAUUUCUGUCUAUGCUCGUCUGCCUGUUCCUGUCAUCACCAGUACCUCUUCAACUUGUUCCUCUUCAUCACAACCGAAUUGUUCAUUGUUGUGUUCAGUGGUGAAUGUGAGGGAUGUGAGUCUCUCCUGGUACAAAGGAAACAGUUUAUUGUCCAGCAUCAGUGUGUCUGAUCUCAGCAUCAGUCUCUCUCUACCUCUGGAGGUGGAAUAUCAGGAUAAAAACACCUACAGCUGUGUGAUCAACAAUCCCAUCAGCAACCAGACCACACAUCUGGACAUCAACAAACUCUGUCACACAUGUUCAGGUGUGUUU